CAAAACUAAAUAUUUUAUAUUUUUGUUGUUGGUCAUAAUGUUGUUGUAGUAUUAGUAUUGGUAUUAACACAUUCGGACGUUUUCUGUAUUUUCACAAUUUCGAAAAAAAUCAGUUUCGUUGGCAAAGCGACUCACGAAACAACAAAAUCGCAAACGCAUAGAAGAAAGAAGGCAAGCAAAGGAAGUUUGCACAUWUGCACAUACAUGUGUAUAUAUGUCCAUACAUAUGGAUCUGUGUAUGAGCAAAGGAAGGAACAAAUUUGAAAGUAUAGACAAAUGUACUAGUAAAUAUGUAUGGAGCAAAGCAAAAUAACUUGGAGGCCGAAAAUGAUUUCACAGACAAAGUAAUCUUGUGAGGCAACGCAAAUAAACACAGUUAUUGUGGAACUCAAGCAUCGAAAAAGAAUAAUAAAAAAACGUAAAACCGAUAUAAAUACGUAGAAAAGGCAGACGCAGAAAAAACUAAGAACUAUAAUUAAGCUUAAAUUUACAUACAUACAUAUUUAUAAUCUGUAAAUUUCCUAUAUACACGACUUCCACGUGCUGUGUGUUUUAAAUUAUUGAAUUGUGUUAAUUUGAAAAUCGAUUUAAACUCAAUGAAAUUAAGUGAGACUGAAUUUGAAUGCUAAAAAUACACCUGAAUAUAAUUUGGUAAAAAUCGUACAAAAAAUAAUAAUUGAUAUUCAGCAGACAUAGCGAUUUUGCUGCAAGGCUCUGCUUCACAGAACUCCAAUCGAGCAGCUGCUUCAAGAGAUAAUUAGCGUCGCUAAGUAAAAUGGAUUGGAAAACUCUUUCAAGCAGUGAAAAGAGCCCUAAAAUGGAACGCUGGAAGCCAACUUCAAUAUUGGAACCAGAACCCCCACCGCCCAUACCGCCGCGCACAUUUAUGCGUCAAUCGAGUUUCACGAAAAUUGGAAAUAUGCUUAAUACGGCCAUAAAUAUGAAUGGUACWAAAAAAAUACAGAGUAAUGGAGAAGCUUCCUGGUGCUUCUCACAAAUAAAAGGCGCCUUAGACGAUGACGUCACCGAUGCUGAUAUUAUAUCCUGUGUGGAAUUCAAUCAUGAUGGUGAAUUGCUGGCAACAGGUGAUAAAGGCGGACGUGUCGUCAUCUUUCAGCGCGAUCCAAUGUCGAAAACAGCAAUACCACGUCGCGGUGAAUAUAAUGUUUACUCAACCUUUCAAUCGCAUGAACCCGAGUUCGAUUACCUAAAGUCAUUGGAAAUAGAGGAGAAAAUCAAUAAGAUACGAUGGCUGCGAAGAAAGAAUCCUGCGCACUUUUUAUUAUCAACCAACGAUAAGACGGUUAAGUUAUGGAAGGUCAGUGAACGGGAUAAGUCGUUUGAGGGCUAUAAUACAAAGGAGGAGAGCGGUCUGGCGAAGGAUCCGCAAAAUAUAACUGGCUUAAAAGUUCCUUCAGUUAAGCAAAUUCCACUUAUGGUGGAAGCGUCACCACGCCGCAACUACGCCAAUGCACACACCUAUCACAUCAAUUCAAUUAGCGUUAAUUCUGACCAAGAGACUUAUCUGUCCGCCGAUGAUUUACGAAUCAAUCUGUGGCAUCUUGAAGUGACCGAUCAAAGUUUCAAUAUAGUCGAUAUUAAGCCAGCUAACAUGGAAGAGCUAACGGAGGUCAUAACCGCUGCCGAAUUCCAUCCAACCGAAUGCAAUGUAUUCGUGUACUCAAGCUCGAAGGGCACAAUACGUCUAUGUGAUAUGCGUUCAGCUGCGCUGUGCGACCGACAUAGCAAACAGUUCGAGGAGCCGGAGAAUCCAACGAAUCGCAGCUUCUUUAGUGAAAUAAUUAGCUCUAUAAGCGAUGUAAAACUAAGCAAUUCGGGUCGUUAUAUGAUCUCUAGGGACUAUUUAAGUAUUAAAGUAUGGGAUUUACACAUGGAAACGAAACCAAUUGAAACUUAUCCGGUUCACGAAUACUUACGCAUUAAACUCUGUUCGCUGUAUGAGAAUGACUGUAUUUUCGACAAAUUCGAAUGUUGUUGGAAUGGCAAGGACACUUCCAUAAUGACGGGCAGCUAUAACAAUUUCUUCAGAGUGUUUGAUCGCAAUUCGAAAAAGGAUGUCACAUUGGAGGCGUCACGCGACAUUAUCAAACCAAAAACGGUGCUUAAACCGCGUAAAGUUUGCACCGGUGGCAAGCGAAAAAAAGAUGAGAUUAGUGUCGAUUGUCUCGACUUCAAUAAGAAGAUAUUGCAUACAGCUUGGCAUCCGCAAGAGAAUAUAAUUGCUGUGGCGGCCACAAACAAUCUGUUUAUAUUUCAGGAUAAGUUUUAGCUAAAACUCUCUCAUCUACUUCAGUUCUACUUCAUCACCACCACCACCAUUAUGACGUCGUUAAGAAUAAUUAUUAUGCUUAAUUCUAAAUUUUAUACUUAUCGCUGCUGCAAAUGCUAUCACUCACUACUACUACUAGUUGCUAUCAGUACUGUGUAAUCAGAGCAAACAAACAAAAAAACAAAUAUUACGAUCAACUUUUGAUCGUAAUAUUAAGCGAAAUACGAGGACGGACAUGCAAUCUAGACGAAUGCGUCGGCGUAGGCGUUGUCUCAACUCAUAGCAUCAUACAUAUAUAUAUAUAUAUACAUAUAGUUAGAUAUAACUCACUAUUAGCGCUAAUAAUUAACGAAACAAAAUCUUGAUUGGCAGUUGAUUAUUGAUACAUCUAUAAUACGGUGUGUGUGUAUGUACAAGCCUCAGCCGAAACAACAAAACACGUAAAGUUUUUAGUUUUAAGUUUUGCACUCAAACGCGGCUUGCAAGCAACGUGGAGAAAAAAGUGUGUGAGAAGUAGAAUUAAAGCGCGGGAAAGUAAGAAAACAGCUGGCUGCGCCAGUAAAACCAAACCAUAUAAAUCGUCUACUAUUGCGCACAAAAAAAAAAAAAAAGAAUAAGAAGAAAAAACAAGAAAACAAUAAACGCCUUAAACAAAAACUUUGUACAGUACUCUGAUUACAUUUCUGUUAAAUUCCUUAAAACAAUGUUGCCUCGGCUAUAGACUUUCAGCUACUUUUCGAAGAGAGUGUGUUUUUUAUACCAUAUUUAUGCGAAAUCAGUAAGAAUAACAACUAUUUAUGCAGUAAUAUGUUUGCCUAAUUUGUAAUAAAAACAGAAAUUGUUAAUAAUAA